GAAGAGAGGGCAGGGAUGACCCCUUUCACUGCACCACGUUGGCACCGUCGUGUAUAUAAAGAGCCGAAGCAUCUGACGAAGAAGCACAAGUACCACCAACCCAUCUGCAUCUCAAGCACUCUUCUGGUCGUCGGUCCGUGUGACAGAGAGAUUAUGUACACUAUUAAGGUGCUGGUGGCGGUCGUACUUUGUACGACAGGUACAUUAAGCGCACCACAAAGACCCCCCGUAGGUGGUGCGGAGAAGGAUGCCGUGAUCACGUCUCAGCAGCUCGAAGUUAACUUCGACGGCAGCUACGUCAACAACUUCGAGACGAGCAACGGGAUCUCCCAUCAGGAAACGGGCCAGCCGAAAAACGUGGGCGGCGAAAUACCCGUAGUCUCGCAGGGUGCGGAUUCGUACACGGCACCGGAUGGCCAACGUGUUAGUAUCUCGUACGUAGCGGAUGAGAACGGUUUCCAGGUGCAGGGCUCUCACAUCCCAACGGCGCCGCCCAUUCCGCCGGAAAUCCAAAGGGCACUCGAGUGGAACGCCGCUCACCCCGAGGAGGACGACUAUCAGAAACCGUCACAACCAAGAGGUUAAUCAGCCCAACUUUACCUCAAACGUGACCUGAUUCCGAGCCAGCUUGCCAUGGAUAGAACCGACCCCGAGCUUUCGACGCAAACAUAAAAAUAAAUAUAGUGUGGUAUAUUAAUCUAGGAUACAACGUAACACGAAGACAAGGCAUGAGACACCGGAUUAUACAAUAAGCUAUAUACUCCCGAGAUGAUUCUUUAUUUUAUUUGUAUAGAUGAAAAAUAAAGUGCACUGUUCAGCGGUUUCACGAGGGAGGGAUGUGCCGUGCGGAUGCACGCGCGCCGCUUCCGCACGCAAGAAACGCAAGAACGACACGCGCGUGCAACCGUUUACGCGCGCGUCGAUCGUUAAUAGUACAUAUGUAUACUUAACUUGUGAUUUUUGUAUAUAAAUAAAAGCGUUUUGCCCAA